CUUUUCUCGACACCGCUCUCUGCAUUUCACUUCUGUCCUAGGCAGUAUUGUAUUCCAACGCAACUAACCGUCCUCCAUCUAAUUCCUUCACCAUGCACCUUCUGUCCGUCUUUCUGUCGGCCGCAGCCCUGUUUUCUCACGCAACCACAGGGUUUUACCUGGAGUCCAAGCGUGCGGAAAUAAGUGACCAUGGUUUCGCCACACUUAACGACGCCAUGAUGACAAUGGGAGUCGGGUUCUCUACGCGCGGGACCCCGGCUGUCAAUAUAACUCUGGAUCCAAAGGGCUACCUUGAAAACAACUUUCUCCUGCGGGAAGUGCAGCCAGACGUGUUUAAGUUUUUGGCUGGGGAGGAUGCCCCUUACCUCGAGGACAUUGUUGGGCCCUUCACCAUACAGAACGGAACCCGACAGCUGGUAUAUAGCGGGGAACAAAACCUCGUAUGGGCUGUCUGUGAGGGUUCGGAACGAUAUUAUCAACUUCUCCUGGCCCUACGAGAGCGAACGCUCGACGUUGAAUGUCUACAUAUCGAGCUCCUGGUGGUCGAAGAGCAGUCUAAGUAA